AUCUCCAGAGGGUUCAGAAAAUUACAAAGACUGGAAGAGAAUCAAAGCAUUGUAAGAACCGGUUAAGGGCCAACAAACAGGUAUCCAGUACUUCCCUUUGUCUAGCACAUGACACAGCACAGAACAUGUGGACUUUGUUACUUGUAGUAUUUACUUCUGGAUCACCGGCUCUACUCCAGGCAGCCCCGGUACAGGGUUCCAGUGGCAGAUCCAGCAUUGCCAGUGUUUUCCAUGUUGAGGGAACCAGCCGUUACUCUCUUACUUUCCAACAGGCUUCAGAAUCGUGUCAGAGUUUAGGUUACAAACUCGCAACGCAGGAACAGGUCAAAGACGCUUUUAAAACAGGACUGAGAACAUGCAGAUACGGCUGGAUAGAUGGACAAAAUGUCAUGUUCCUCCCACACGUUAAUGGUCCAAAUUGUGACUCCAGUUCUACCGAUAUCACCUUCCGUCCCGAAGCAGCAGAUUAUCUCUCUGAUGUCUACUGCUUUAACCCGUCAGAUGCAUUACUGAACAGUGAUGAUACUGGUAAAUCUAACUCUGAGGGCUUAACCAAUGGGAACACAGCCUCAGCAAAUGAAAAAAGCCAUGACGACAUUCUUACGGAGGUCGAGACUGAAGGGUUUCUAGUAGAUUUGGAAGAGAUCAUGGGAGGGGUGAAAAGAGAAACUUCUGUUCUGAAUGACAUGGAGGUCCCCAGUACUGACGUGAAACCCUCAGCUGCGCCAGCCUUGGAGGAACCCUCUGUAACAACUCACAAUGAAGACAGCAAAGGCCCUACAAGCAAGCCCAGUUUUGGGAAGAGCUCAUCCACUGUUACCCCUAGUGUUUUAUUUUUUGAUUCAGAGGGCAGUGGAUCAGCAUCAGAUAUUGAGACAUUGUUUGCAGCUCCUGAGCCUAGUCAAUUCACAACAACAGAGAUAGUCACAAAGUCAGCUAAGGGUAUAUCCAUGUCAGAAAACAUUAAGGAGAGGCCCAUUAAUCCAAAGAGGAGGCAAAAUGUGGACAUCGGUAUGGAAGGUACAUCGAAUGUAGAAGAAGUCAAUCCUUCACCAAAUGUUCGAAAAGAUGAUGGACCAUCUACCUGGCUGAUAAUCUUCGCAUUCUGUGUCGUUGUUGGAGCCGUAGUAUGCAUACUUGCUGCUAUUGCUACUAGAGACAAGUGGUACGGACCGAGGGAGAGCAGGAACAUCACAACUGAAGUGCACAACAAAGACUACAGUAAAACAGAGACACUGCCACUGUCAGAUAAAGAGCAGGAGAUAGUGGCACUGAUGAGAAUUGAGAAACUGAAUGGUAAAACGGACGGGAUUACUGCUACCAGUCUGGAUGAGCAUGAGAAAGAGUAUUUAAUGUAAUGUUUUAAAUCCUGCAUACUGUGUAUUAACAGGUUUGAACUCUUCUGUACUUUUUAUUUGCACUAAUAAUAUUUAGUUUCUGCUUCCGUUUUUGAUGCUUCAGAAAAAAAAAAAAAGAUUUCCGUAUUUCACAUUUCUUUUCUAGUGUAAAGUAUUAUUUUUUUCUCCAAUAAUAGAAAAUGCUUAUUAUGUCUUAAUGACUGAUGGUUAAUAAUGAUAUGGUGAGAAAACAUCUGUUCGUAAGUACUAUGUACUGUGUGAGGUAUAACGCAUUUUGGAAUAGAAAGUUUUUAUUUGAAUAGAGAAACCCUGUGCAGUUUGUGAAGCAAUGAAGCAAGUUUAAAUCUUUCCAAGUAGAUGUAUUUUGUCAGCUCUUAGAGCACAUUUGUGUGGGAUGAGUCUUUCAAUAAAACAUGAAAUUUGAACAAGG